UACUUUCACAAUCUGUCUUCAUAUGCGGAAGAGGCCCAGCGUAUAAAUACAGCAGCUACUGGCUCCUCUCUCUCUAAACCCUGUGUCCUCAGAAUGUGGAAGAAAAAGCUCCAUCAUUCUACACAAAUCUCAACAAUCCUUACUCGCGCGAUAACUUCAGCGAAUUUCUGUCCAUCAAAUUCCAUUUCCCGCUGUUGUAAUCCUCCGACCUCCAAUUUCUCCUCUUCUUCGUCUUUUUUACGUGGCAGGCCCAAAGGAAGAACAUUUUAUUCUGCGAGAAAUUUGAUUUUCCCAGCUUCGAGUAAAACUCUUACGAGAGAUUUUGCAAAUUCGUUUCUGAAAAUUGAGAGAUUUUUCUGCUUGCAAUCGAACUCCGCCCUGAAAUCUCACUGCUGGAAUUGCGGUUUUGAGCCUGACAACACUAUGCCGUUCCUCUUCUGCCAGGCAUGUCGCAGUGUCCAGCCUGUUGAUGAAACUAUUGACUAUUUCCAGAUUUUCGGACAGGGAAGGGAAUAUAAACUUGAGGUGGAUAAAUUGGAAAAGAAGUACAAAGACUGGCAAAAGAAGCUGCAUCCUGAUCUAGUCCACUCAAAAUCUCAGAGGGAGAGGGAGUAUGCUGCUGAACAAUCUGCUCGAGUUAUAGAUGCAUAUCGCACACUCACUGAUCCAUUGUCGAGGGCAAUAUAUAUUUUGAAAUUAGAAGCUGUGCUUGUUGAUGAAGAAGAAAGGAUUACAGAUCCUGAGCUACUUGCUGAGAGUGAAGAUUAUGGCAUGUGGAUGUCUAACCAUAUAUCUAUGUGCAUAAAUGUUGUACCUCUUUCCAAUCUUAUUACUGAGAUCAUGGAAUUAAGGGAAGCUGUUGAUGAGGCUGAUGACACUCGGGCAUUAAAUGAGAUCCAGUCUCAGUUGCGGGAAAAACUGGUGCAUUUGACCGAUUCAUUUGAAGAUGCUUAUCGGAAUAAAAACUUUGAAAACGCUCUUGCUUCAAUCCGUAGGAUGACUUACUAUAAACGUGCUAGUGAAGAAAUUGUGAAGAAGGUUUAAUCCACAGUUACUUCUAUUAGUGCAAUUAAAAGAUGGCAUUGGUGAAAAUAAAGAAAUGCUUGGAGCUCUUACGUAUAUUUGGUGUCCCUCAAACUCUCUAUCCAAAGACGUUUUGCUGAAUUACGAAAUAUUAGCUAUGAACGGAUCAUAUGAAAGUGGUGAAAUAAUAAGUAUGCACUGCUUGAGAUGUGAAAAGAAAAUGCUACCCACAUACUGAUCAUUGUUCCCAAAUGGGCUUUUAUGGUUUAUGUGAUUUUGACUGUAGAGUGUGUUGGUUAAUUUGAUCUCAAGGGGCAGAAAGAUUGUUGUGAUUGAAAUUUUCUAUUGAGUAAAAGAUUAUCAUUUUUUUUUUU